GGCUGAGGCGCGGAGGCUGAGGCGCGGAGGCUGAGGCGCUGAGGAGCGCGGUGACCCCGACCUCCCGCGUCCCCGGGUCGGCGGCGUUAGCGUUGCGGCGGCUGGAGUCGAGCUGGCUGCUCCAGCAUGAACCACAACUCCAGGAAGGAGAAGUAGAAUCCGCCUGGCUCCCUGCCAUGGCCUGUGAGCCGCAGAUGGACCCUGGUGGGGCAGCUGGCCCGCUGCCCACCACCUCCCCCGGUUGGAGCGUCCUGCCUGGGGGGAGCCCUCCGAGGUGGGGACAAGAGCUGCACAAUGGCCAGGUUCUCUCAGUCCUCCGAGUUGACAAUACCUGUGCAUCCAUCUCCUUUGACCUGGGAGCCGCAGAAGAGCAGCUGCAGGCCUGGGGCAUUCAGCUACCUGCCGACCAGUACAGGAGCCUGGCUGAGAGCACCCUCUUGGAGCCACAAGUGAGGAGAUACAUCAUCUACAACUCCAGGCCCAUGCGGCUGGCCUUCGCUGUGGUCUUCUACGUGGUGGUUUGGGCCAAUAUCUACUCCACCUGCCAGCUGUUUGCCCUGGGCAACCACUGGGUGGGUGUGCUUCUGGUGACUCUGGCCGCGAUGAGCCUGACACUGACGCUCGUGCUUGUCUUCGAGAGGCACCAGAGGAAGGCCAACACCAACACCGACCUAAGGCUGACGGCUGCCAACAGAGCCCUCCUGAGACACCAGGUGCUGCUGGGGGUGACAGACACUGUGGAAGGCUGCCAGAGUGUGAUCCAGCUCUGGUUUGUCUACUUCAACCUGGAGAACUGUGUGCAGUUUUUGUCUGACCAUGUUCAAGAAAUGAAGACUAACCAAGAGUCCUUGCUGAGCAGCAGACUGAGCCAGCUGUGUGUUGUCAUAGAGACAGGGGUGAGCCCCUCAACGGCGGAGGGGCCUGAGGACCUGGAGGAUGCCCCCCUCCUGCCUGGCAGAGAGACUGGUCCUCAAGAGAGACCAGUCCUGCAGACUGAGCUGUACCAGCUUGUGCCUGAGGCUGAGCCGCAGGAAAUGGCUCGGCAGCUGCUGGCGGUAUUUGGUGGCUACUACAUCCGGCUCCUAGUGACCUCCCAGCUCCCCCAGGCAGUGGGGACCCGGCACAUGGACUCUCCAAGCAUUCCAUGCCCUUGCCAGCUCAUAGAAGUGCAUAUCCUGGGCCCAGGAUGCUGCCCCUUCCUGAACAGGUGACCUAGGCACAAAGGUCUUUAUUGUCCUCCAAAACUGAGAAGUAGGAGAGGUCCCUGGAGCCCAAAAUGGCCCAUGGCGAGCCCCCGGCCAGGAGAUGAGUGGCCGACAGUGCUCCCAAGGGUGUCAUGACAUCUGCCACAGGGACGGCAUGCCCCUGCCAGGACCCUGUGCAGAAAUACCUUGACAGGAUCCCAUGCUGCCCACUGGGCUUUGCUGAAGCUGACGGUUGCUGAGCUGGUCCCACCCCCAGCCCCUCUCUGUGCUGCAUAGAGCUUCAGGCAUGGGUGGAAAGGUCAGUCCCCCACCCCUUUCACUGCCCGCAGGGCCCAGGACACGUGAAGAUGACCCAACAGGGUCCAUCAGGUAUCCAAAGCUUGGUCUCACCUGCUGCUCCUGUCUCCAGCACCUUCAAGUCAGAUGGGGAAACUGAGGCUCAGGGAGAGCACUGCUCUUUGUGCAUCCCCUCUGACUUGCAAGUUGUAGGACUACCUCUCUCCAGUCUGCAGAAGAGAAGCAGAGUCUCAGGAUGUCCUCCCUUCUUAGGCUGCUCUCCCCCACAUUUUGCGAACAGCAGUGGUGCCUGGGGUUGUGUGCUAGCACCGGGCUCCUGAGACAGGGGUGGAAGACAGGAGGCAGAAGGAGAAGACUGAGGGGAGACUUCGGGAGACCAAGGAGGAGACCACUAACGAGUAUUUGCAGCAGCUGGAUCGAUCCUGUUUGACUUGAGGACUGUUUGUUCAAAGACACGCAUGCUCUGGCUGUGGUUUUCUCCUGCAGAUGUAAAGCACUACUUGUGUUUUCUGAUACUGAUCGUCAUCCCACAGUGAUCAGUCAUGUCCCACUGCUCCAGUCACUCCUGGAAUUCUGUGAAGAGCUCUGAGACCUCCAGGGGUUCUGCUCCCCCAAAAGUUUGAAGACCUGGUGUUCCUAGGCCCAAGUUACAAAGCCAUGGCCUGGCGCUGAAGGCUCCAAGCCCCCAGGGCCCAACCUUCACCUACAGUUUUGCCAUCAUCUCCCACAAGACCUCUUUAUAGCCGAGUCUUUCCUGAACUGACACAUCUACUCUUCUCUGUCUGUUGGACUCCUAGUCAUGCCUUGAAUCCCAGCUUCCUUUAUCCCUCCCUCAGGAAUUCUUCCAGCACAGCAGCGUUGCUACUCCCUGCCAACUCUCAAGUUCUUGUUACAGUUUUUGCCACCUGUACUGAUGUUUCAUGUUACUGGUUCUGUUUCCCUCUGCACACACAGACUUUUUUUCCUGCCAGAUUGUAAACUCCUUGAGGUCUAGACCUGCUAAGCUGGAAGAGCCCCGUGGACUGAUUGCUAUUGGUUAGCAGCGUCCUCAAAUUGCUCUCCACGCCCAGCUGGCUGAUGAGACCUGGCUUAGGAUGGAAGUGGGUUCUGGUCUUGCUCUUCUACUCUCAGCUGUGUAACUUUUGGCAAGUUGCUUUCUUUGGCUGGUCCUUAGUUUGCCCGUCUUCAUGAUGGGUGGAUUGGAUGAUUCUUAAGGGCCCUUCCAGGGCCAAAGUUCUGGUAAUUUCCAGAAAGCUAGAAAUCUGCUUUCUGUUACAGUGUUAUCUACAUGCAGAGGCCCCCCUCCCUGCCAUGGGCCUGAUGUGCUGUUGGAUAGGACACUGGCUUAGGUAGCAGGAGACCUGGAUUCUUGUCCCAGAUCUUCUGCUUCCUAGCUGUGUAACCUUGGACAAGUCCCUUACCCUCUCUGAGUGUCAGUUUACUCCUUUAUAAUGGAUCUGGUGAAGUCGAAAUGUCUUACCACAGAGAUUUUGCUCUGUGUGAGGCAAACCUGACUUCGUCCUUGUGUCGGAGAAGAGGGGUUGUGUACACAAGCAGCCCCCAGAAAUGACUGUUACAGGCGUCGUCCUUAGCCAAGUUCCAGGGCACCUUUCCUCAGUGAAAUUAUUCACAAAGACCAUCAUGAAGGCUGUCAGGACACUGAGGAAAUGUUGAUGAGAAUGUGACCAGUAGAAGCCUAUAUUUAUCAUCCCAACCAUAAAAUCCUGUAAGUAUCAUAAGAGAAUAAAAAUGUGUUUGUUAAAUGACACAGCAGCAGUUUUUCAAUCUCAAGGUCAGCUCAUGGAGGCCCAGAUGUGUUCUUUUCUGCUUUUCUCCCUCUCGAGAAUUGCUGGUGUCCUCCCCACCCCGGUGGGUGGGGGAUGCGGAGCUCACCCACAACGCACCUGUCUUUCUUUGCGUGUGUGCCUCCGUUUCCUUGUUUAUAAAAUCCCUGUGAUCUUUGCACCACCUACUUCCCAUGGCUGCAGUGAAGAUUGGCUGUGUCCAUCAGAGGCUCUGAGACUGUGGAGACAGCGCAGCAUCAUGACCCUGCUGUGGAGGCCAUGUCAUUGCUUGGGUUCUAGAGUCCUAGGUAUUCAAAUCCAGGUCUGCUGCUUCCUGGCACUGGUCUCAGCCUUCUUCGGGGAACUGAAGGCAGGUUGGGGAGAUUGAUGUAAAAAUGUCCAGUGCUUGAGACGUAGAGCUUCAAGCUUGUGUAAGAGUUCAAUAAACUGUUGCUAUUAAAAAUUAAAGCCCUCACUGUAUUGUACGUGGUAGGUGCCUGUCUGUUUUUGUUGAUGUCCAUGUCAGAUCCAGUUACUCCGGUAGUAUAGUUUUUUUUUUUAUAUGAAUAAAGAUUCUGGUCAAAUAUCUAGAAAAGUAUGGAAUUUAAUACCGAGUGAUGGUAAGUGGGGAGGUCGGAGCAAGCUGGUAGCUUUGGGCCGGAUGCUCCCCUCUCUGUACCCCCUGUACCCUGAUUUCUGCAUCUCCGAAGAGGGGAUGUGGUGAUGGAAGUGGUGAAGCACAGACCACCCAGCCUGCUCCCUGGUGUGGCCAGAGCAAGGGCUCAAGCAAUUCCGGCUUUAAUUCAGCUAUAGUCCAUCAACAGAUGAAUGGAUAAAGAAGAUACGGCAUUACCCACAACAAAGUACUACUGUGCCAUAAAGAAGGCUAAACUGGAGUCUUUGUAAGAAAGUGGAUGCCUCUUGAGGCCAUAAGCUUAAAUAUUGUGUGGUUUCUCUUAUACGAGAAACUCCAAAUACAAAUAAAGAGUAAAUACAAAUAAAAGAUAGAUACUAGGAAAUAAAGACAUAGAUCUUUCUCAGAUGGGAAGGGAGUCGAGAGAAAGAGGGAGAGAGUGAAAAAAGGAAUUAAGAUGUGUUAUGUAUGCCUACAACUCCACACCAGGAAUGUAAAUAUUCUGUCCUGCAACUCUGUACUCAUAAAAAUAAAUAAAUAAAGUAAAAAAUGAAA